AAAAACCUCCCUUGGUCGGGACUUCUUUAAACAAGGCAUAACCAGUAGUUAAAGUUAAAGCUAAAGCUAAAGUUGCAGAGAGAUAUGGACCAUAUGGUCUUCAUUUUGUCCGUCUAAAUCUCAGUUACUGGGAAGGAAGCGAGCGUUUAUCAAAGGGAAAAAUGAAAGAAGAGAGGUGAAGGCUCGUGAGUCGUGACUGGAAACCUUGACGUCAAGAAAAGAACUGAAUUCCCUUGCAGAUUCUGAAGUCUUACAGCAAGUUAACAAUUCAAUAUAGUCAUUGGUAUUUGCAACACCAAAGAUUAGGAGUGGAAGCCCAACCUGGGAUUACUUACAAUCAUAUUUGGAGGAACAUGAACGGUGGAUCAGCUGCUAAGAUUCGGCUUGUCAGAUGUCCUAAAUGUCGGCAGCUUCUUGUGGAGCCACAAGAUAUUACAGUCUACAAAUGUGGUGGCUGUGGCACACAUCUUCAAGUGAAAAUUCGAAAAAGUAACCCUGAAGUCGCAACUUCUGGCCUGCAUGAAACAGAUGCUUCUCAGAAAAAUAGAUCAGAUCAUAUUUCUGAAGCUAAGGAAUCCAGCAGCUCAAAUCAUGAAGAAAAUUUUCUUUCCCCUGGGGAAUGUUCUCCAGACCAACUCAAUGGGGGGGAUUGUGCUGCAUCUGGCGAUUGUGAUCUUGAUCAUCUCAGUGGUGCAAACUUACCAGAAGAACUGCGAAGGAGUGGAAGUGAUCGAAAUGGUUCUGGAGAUUUUGAUAGUAAGCAACCUGGAGGUGUGAGCUCAUCACACAACCAAAAGAAUGAGAUUGAUAAAAAUGAUCCAGGGGACUCUGAUAAUGAGCAUGUUGUAGGUGUAGGCUCAUCCAAUGAACACCAACAGAAUGGGAGUGGUCAAAAUGAGACUGAGGAUUGUGUUGAUUUGAAGGUAAUAGGCACAAGCUUGUCAAGUGAUGAUCAGGAAAGAGGAAAUGAUUCAAAUGAAUCUCCAGAGUGUGAUCAUGAACAGCCUGAAAUUUUCAAUGAAGUUCAAAUCCAACAAAUUGAAUCUGGGGAUGGCAAUGAUGAGCAACUUGGAGGUAUGGGGGGCAUAUCAACUGAAGCACAAAAUGACUGGAGUGAUCGAAAUGAUUCUUCUGAUUGCAAUGUUGAACAGGCUGGGUUUUCCUAUAAAGUUUGUUCGCCUACCAAACUUGAUGAAGAGCUGUCCCCACUGGCGGCAGCAAAACCAAAAGCUGAAGUCAAUGAAGGUGGGAUUCAACAAAAUGAGUCUGGAGCUUUCAGUGAUGAGCAACUUGGAAGUGUGAACUUAUCAACAGAAGCAGAAGAUGACAGGAGUGAUCAAAAUGAUUCCUUGGAUUUCAGCAUUGAACAGGCUGGAACUUCCAACGAUGUUUGUUCUCCCACCAAACGUGCUCAUCUCAAGAACAAAGAGCCAUCCCCACUAGCAGGAGCAAAAAAAGAAGUUGAAGUGAGUGAUGAAAGCUCACCAUUAACAGUCACAAAAGCAGAAUUAGAUGCUCACAGUGAUAGUGAUGGAACUUCCAACGAUGUUUGUUCUCCCACCAAACGUGCUCAUCUCAAGAACAAAGAGCCAUCCCCACUAGCAGGAGCAAAAAAAGAAGUUGAAGUGAGUGAUGAAAGCUCACCAUUAACAGUCACAAAAGCAGAAUUAGAUGCUCACAGUGAUAGUGAUGGAACUUCCAACGAUGUUUGUUCUCCCACCAGACAUGCUCAUCUCAAGAACAAAGAGCCAUCCCCACUAGCAGGAGCAAAAAAAGAAGUUGAAGUGUGUGAUGAAAGCUCACCAUUAACAGUCACAAAAGCAGAAUUAGAUGCUCACAGUGAUAGUGAUGGAACUUCCAACGAUGUUUGUUCUCCCACCAGACAUGCUCAUCUCAAGAACAAAGAGCCAUCCCCACUAGCAGGAGCAAAAAAAGAAGUUGAAGUGUGUGAUGAAAGCUCACCAUUAACAGUCACAAAAGCAGAAUUAGAUGCUCACAGUGAUAGUGAUGGAACUUCCAACGAUGUUUGUUCUCCCACCAGACAUGCUCAUCUCAAGAACAAAGAGCCAUCCCCACUAGCAGGAGCAAAAAAAGAAGUUGAAGUGAGUGAUGAAAGCUCACCAUUAACAGUCACAAAAGCAGAAUUAGAUGCUCACAGUGAUAGUGAUGGAACUUCCAACGAUGUUUGUUCUCCCACCAAAUGUGCUCAUCUCAAGAACAAAGAGCCAUCCCCACUAGGAGGAGCAAAAAAAGAAGUUGAAGUGGCAGAAUUAGAUGCUCACAGUGAUAGUGAUGGAACUUCCAACGAUGUUUGUUCUCCCACCAGACAUGCUCAUCUCAAGAACAAAGAGCCAUCCCCACUAGCAGGAGCAAAAAAAGAAGUUGAAGUGAGUGAUGAAAGCUCACCAUUAACAGUCACAAAAGCAGAAUUAGAUGCUCACAGUGAUAGUGAUGGAACUUCCAACGAUGUUUGUUCUCCCACCAAACUUGCUCUUCUUGAGAACAAAGAGUUGUCUUCAGUGGAAGGGGAAAAAUCAGAAGCUGGAGCCAGUAAUGAAAGCUCACAAUUAGCAGGAGCAAAAGCAUUACUAGAUGCUUCCAAAGAGAGUGGUUCUGAUUUCAUAAAAUCAAGUAUUGAGAAGUCAGUUGACAAGGAGGGUGCUUCAGUUGUCGCUGCUCAAAGGCCUGCAGGAGAAAGCAUUUCAUCAGACAUUUUUGUAACUUCGCCAAAUGAACAGCUAGAGAAGCUUCAUGAAACAGGUCGCCAUGAUUUUGACCGUGUACAGUGUACAGAUACAUUCAAAACUAUGGAUUUGAUUGACCCCAGCUCUGAGUUAAGUGACAGUCUUAUAGACUUGUCCAAAUCCCCAGCCACCAGAAGCUCUCGGGCUUACUAUGAUGACACUGUCUCUUCAUAUGAAGGAACAGAUGAUCAAUUACCUGAUCGACCCAAGCAUCCAUUUAGAUAUACUCAUAAGCAAGCAAAUCAUGCAGCUUCCAAUGAGAGACCCAGAAGCGAAAAGUUCGUGGCGAAUAGCAGUUUGGAAAUGCAGCAUCACUUGAAGAAUCAUACAUCAAUUAUUUCUGAUAAUAAUCUCCAUGCCUUGAAAUCCAGCAAACUAAAUCAUGAUGAAUUGGUAGAGCACACAAGGGUUGCCCAUCCAGCUAGAAACUGGAGAAGACUGGAGAAGGAUGAAUAUCCAUCUCAGGCUCCUUUCUAUCAAAGAGACUUCUUGGCUGGCUAUGAUAAUGGGAGCCCUUCCAAUCAAAACAACAAUGAAUCCCGUUCCAAUCCGUACUUUCAUUCACGUGAAAAGGCUGCAUACACUGAACAGGAGAAGAUGAAACUGUUGGAAAUGAUUUAUGAAUUGCAGGAUCAAGUUAACGUUCUGAAUGGAAAGGAAAAAGGGAGGGUUGCUCCAGGGGUCACUUGGAAGGACCAUAAUCCCAGUUACAAUGAUUAUCUGGAGCAGGUAAUUUUCAAUGACUUAGACUAUCCGAGUUAUCCUGGAAGAUUCAGAGGGGGAAGCAACUGGCAUCAACAGAGUAAAUACUCCCAAAUACCUUUCCCAGCAGAGGUAGCAAGCAAUCGAAACCAAGUUGAUCACUUGUGUUGCUGUCCCCAAGACUGUCGCUUGGCACAACUACCUCCACCUAACCUUCAUCAUAAUAGAGUGUUUUGCAAGGCCCAAGAUCAUGUCGAAUUUUACCAUUCCUAUGGUUCUUGUCCCUCAACUCCACAACGGCAUGCUGACUCUGAGUUUUCCAUAUAUAGGCGUGAAACACUUUCUGAUGACCACAGGCGUAGGGAUCAGGAGGUAAAGAAGUAUGUAACGAGGAAACAUCACUUGGCUAAGCGUCACCUCCUGCCCCUGGCAGGUGGAGCCCCUUUCAUAACAUGUUUUUUUUGCUUCAAACAGCUUCAGCUACCUGCAGAUUUUCUUCUUUCUAAAAGGAAGUACCACCAGCUAAGAUGUGGUGUCUGUUUGGAAGUACUUAGAUUUUCACUUAUAAGCAGGACUCAUCUAGUUCCAUAUACACCGACUGCUGAUGCACCUCCACCAAGUGAGGUUGAUGAGCAUAGUGGCGGUCUUCAUAGGAGAAUUUCAGCUUCAUCUUCUCAUGCCAGCAAUUGUCCCAACAUGGAUCCCGUGUCAUGUUCUGAAGAUUAUGGACUUCCAUUCUGUAAAAGCGGUUCCACUGAUGGGGAUCCUGUCCAGACAUCAUUACGUUCAGCUGAAAGCAGCCUGAAUGAGCGUCGGAAGAAUCCCAAGGAAAAGCAUGAAUUAUCUGGACCUUCUUCUAGCAUGUCCAAAACAAAGAAAGUAUCUUCAGAAAUUGAGGAGCUGCCAAGGAAAGGAGGAGGAGGUUCCCCACUUCACCGACUCAUGGGUUAUUCCUCACCAAGUCGACUGAUAUAUGGUUAUGAACCAUCUUGUUCAAGUUGGUACUAUCCAACAGAAGACUAAGUGAGCAACUCACGACAUAUUUAUCAUGAAGCACUGGCUUGUAUAGAUACAUAUAGGUUUUACCUUGAUUAUGUUGUUGAUUAUAGUACAGGAAAUAGGACUCGCCUCAUUGCUUUGGAAUCAGUAGUAUAUAUAACAGAAGUAGAAACACAAGUUUUGAAUUCCAAGUAUAGGUUCUCAGAAGAGAAGAUUGCAGUAAUUAUUUGUUUAUUUUUGUAUUAUAAAACUGAUCCUGUAUAACGAAGUUUUUGGAUUUCAUGUA